GGCCCUUUCUCCCCGUUCACCCUUCCCGACACUGCUGCUACUCCGCUCAACAACGAUAGCAACACCAUUACCGUACCAGAAACUUCUUGCCUCCUCUUCCCGUUCACCCUUCCCAGCACUUGCUGCUACUCCGCUGAACCCCAAACCCCAAUCUUAGCCUUCCUUUUCUCCCGUCGACCAUUUCGAAUUUCGAUGAGAGAGAGAGAAAGUGAGCGGGAGAGUGGGGAAAUUGGAGAGAGCGGUGGAGAGUGAGUUCGGCGGUGUCUUGUUUCUUGAGGCCGAGAGGUAGGUUGUUGGCGACUGCAACCCGACCCUACAGCUUCCCCUCCGACGACCAGCAGCCCGGAAUCUAAAGCGGGCAACUCAACCCCUUUUUCCAAUUCGAUCUGUUGGACUUCUCCGGAGUAGCUACUCUAAAGUCGGAUGCGCAGAGUAUUAUCCCCCCAUCAAUUGUGCAAUCUCUCGCGUCGUCUAUCUUGCCCACCUUUCCCUCGUCCACCGGAAAGAAGAAGAAAGAAGGAAGAGGGCGGAGACGGUGAGGGCGGCAGCGGCAGCUGUGAUUUGGUAGUUGUCGGAGGCUUUAGAGCCUUUGCCCGAGUUGGCCGGCAGUCGAAGCUCGGCGUGCCUCGUUCUUGACGGAGACGGUGAAGUCAUGGUGGUGGGGGUGGUAGAUGAUGUCCACGAUGGAUGAAGAUAAGUUGAAGCAAAAUUUUAAUUUAAAUUUUUUAUUUAUUUUUUUAUUUUAUAUUAAUAUUAUAUUUAUUAAAAAUAAUACAUGUGGCAAUGAGGUGGCGUCUAUGUGGUUGUUUGAUUUUUGCCACAUCAUCAAAAGUCAACCAUCACUUUGACCACCAUCUAGUCAACUGUUAUCUUUAACGGUCAACGAAAAUGCCAUGAUACAAAUGUCACAAUAUAUCAUACGUCGGGAUAUGAAUGGAAUAUUGAAUAUUAUAGGACACAAGUGGCAUUUUUCGGAUAGUUCAGGUGUUGUAGUGGUAUUAGCCCUAAUAAAUAUCGAUUCCACGG